GACGGUGAUCUGAGAGAGGAUCCAAAAAUAUUUGUCUUGAGUAUUACUAUUGGGAGUGACAAGUUAAGGUAGUGGCAGCAAGGCUGUUCUUGUUUCAUAGUUGAGUACGGUGGGAUUAUUAAGAAUACUAGCGAAAAGGUCAUCGUAAGGAAAUGAUAUCAACUCUCAUCGCCUCUCAAACGGGGGCGCUUUUGUUUGCUGUAAACGUUAUAAAUAUCAUCCAGACUUCGAUUGCCAAGUCAUCAGUCUCGGACCUCAUUUUGCCUGACAUUGAUAUUGGAAAUCCAACAACGAUGCUGAAAGAAAAUAAUGAUCUAUGUUCAGCAGAAUGGUGUGAAAUUAGAAACUCGUCAGUAAGUGACCCCUUGCGUCUGCGAGAUGAUUUAUGGAUAGUACCACUUGUUAUUCUGUCUUCUUUAAAUAUCAUUGUUAUAGCUUGUUUCGAAGCAUAUGUGCUAUACAAAGCGCAUGGAACGACACCAAGUCGAAGACACUUGUUUCUUGGGCAGAUAUUGCUUCUAGGUUUAUUUCUGUGUUCAGUCACAGGCUUUGCUUUUGUACCAACAGCCCACACAAUUACCUGCACUGUGAUUACUAUAUUGCUGGGACUAGCUUACACUUUGGUGUUUGCAACUUUACUGGUGAAACUUAUAUUUCUUCUCAGUCUUCAAUCGGGUGUUUAUCUUCCAGCCUUUUACCAAGGACUAUUGCUCUUCUUUAUUGUUACUGUGCAAGUGGUUAUUAAUGUGCAAUGGGUCGUUCAUCGUCUUCCAGGAGUUGUUAUAAGUCGAACCGAUUCGCUCACUUGUGACAUUAGUGUUGUUAAAAUGUUGUUGACUCUUAUUUAUCCCAUGUUUUUAAUUUUCUGCGUUACGAUUUUGUCAUUUAAAAGCAGAGGAAACCGCGAGAAUCACAGAGAAGCCAUAUUUAUUGCAAUUGCAAUUGGUUUUACAAUUCCCGUUUGGAUUAUCUGGAUACUAGUUGCCAUAGCGACGGAACCAUAUUAUCAUGAUGCUUCGAUUGGAUUCGGGAUCAUCUUGAAUGCCACCAUAAUUUUCCUGGUAAUGUUCCUGCCAAAAGGGCGUCAGUUGGCAGCCAUGGGACGAGAUGGUCUUUACCCAGAAGACCGAGAUGCAUUAUCUUCACAGAGUCCUUCAGUUUGUACACCUUCAUUCCUUCAUAUUAAACCAACAACAAUCCCAUUAAACAAAAAUAGCAUGCUCUUCCAACCAACUACCAUCACCAAGCCAACAACUCCAGAGCGAGUUUUGUAUCCACCACCCCCUCCAGGAAGGAUAUGGAGGUAUAAUUAUCCAGUAUUUCCACAUUCAGCACAACUGUCACCAGAGGACACUUACUUUUAUCAAGGAGAAAGAACCAAACAUAGAUAUGAUGCCUUUGGAAGCAAAGCAUCAUUUAACCCUAAUGUAACGUUUUUCAGAGCGCCUCUGUAUUGAAAUGGCAGGAAUGGUAUACUAGACACUUAUCUUCAGUAGAACGUUUUGAGAAAAUAUACAUCACUUUUCUCAUUCAAGCCUAUUUUGCUAAUUUUUUACAAUGUGUAAUCUAAAAAUAUGAAAUUCAUAUACAUAUAUUAUUCAGAUUAAGACUGCCAGUAAUUAGACGUUUUUAAAAUGUUAAUUGUAUUAUUAAGAUUUAAGAACGAAAUAACUUAGCAUCCUGAGAGUUAAAAUUAAAUCUUAACAAUUUAGUUGUUCAUCCCAAAUUGUACGUUUUUCAAACAAUAUUAGGUACAAUUAGCAUGGGGUGGCCGAUGAAGUAACGUUGACAAAAGGAACAUUUACUGCUUCUCAUAAUGUCAUCAGUUAAACUGUGCCUAAAAUAGCGGAAUGUAAACGAUAUUAGAAUUUCGUUAAGCUUUUACAUCGCUUUAGUAAUCAAAUUUCAAGUAACAUCUAGUGAACGGUUUUUCCUCAGUGUAAACUCUGUGGUUUAUGAUUUUGAUGUUAGUAUAGUUGUACGAAACAAUUAUUAAACUACCAACUGAAAUGUUCGAGUCCAUUUUGUAAUAUGAAAACGAACUUUAUAUUAAGAAAAUUAUUCCAAAUGUUACAUCUAUUUCGAAAGACGACCAUUCUUCGGUGGCUUUAUCCAGUGAGAAUAAUAAUAAUAAUAAAAACAAAUAAGACGUAGCCAAAGAUAUUUGAUAAAAUAUAGUUGUUCAACCGUGUGAUUUCCACAGUAAAAUCAUGCUUUUACUUGAUAAUCACCAGAUAAGUUCCAAUUAAAAUGAUGAAAGAGAGAGACUUGUUACAAGAACAUAACCUGUAUGUAAUUUAAAGGUAAAAACUCCUUUACUAUCAGCCUAAGAGUGGUAACGAAAACAUGCCAACAUUAUCACAGUAUAACAUUAUUCCAGAAUGUUUUGUAUAUAUCUUUAAC